GACCGCCUUACCUCUCUCAUGACCUAGUCGGCCUCAUCCUUGCGUAUAAAUCAAACCCUUGCGACCUCAACUCCUUCACAAAUCAGUUUCCGAAAUUCGAUAAAUCAAAUUCUCUCUCAAUCUUCUCAAAUUCUCUCUCAAUCGCAAGUUUCAAUCAAGAUGCAGAUAUUCGUGAAAACUCUCACAGGAAAGACCAUCACCCUCGAGGUGGAAAGCUCCGACACCAUCGACAACGUUAAGGCCAAGAUCCAGGAUAAGGAAGGCAUCCCUCCGGAUCAGCAGAGGCUUAUCUUUGCCGGGAAGCAGCUUGAGGAUGGAAGGACUCUAGCAGACUACAACAUCCAGAAGGAGUCUACCCUUCACUUGGUGUUGCGUCUACGUGGUGGUAUGCAGAUCUUUGUCAAGACAUUGACCGGAAAGACUAUCACUUUGGAGGUGGAGAGCUCCGACACUAUUGACAACGUUAAGGCUAAGAUCCAGGAUAAGGAGGGUAUCCCACCGGACCAGCAGAGGUUGAUCUUUGCCGGCAAGCAGCUCGAGGAUGGAAGGACUCUUGCUGACUACAACAUUCAGAAGGAGUCAACUUUGCAUCUCGUCCUCAGGCUUCGUGGUGGUAUGCAGAUUUUUGUCAAGACUUUGACCGGAAAGACUAUCACUUUGGAGGUGGAGAGCUCCGACACUAUUGACAACGUUAAAGCCAAGAUCCAGGACAAAGAGGGUAUCCCACCGGACCAGCAGAGGUUGAUCUUUGCCGGCAAGCAGUUGGAGGAUGGACGUACUCUUGCGGAUUACAACAUCCAGAAGGAGUCAACUCUACACUUGGUCUUGCGUCUACGUGGAGGCAUGCAGAUCUUCGUGAAGACUUUGACCGGGAAGACCAUCACUCUAGAGGUGGAGAGUUCCGACACCAUAGACAACGUGAAGGCCAAAAUUCAAGACAAAGAGGGUAUUCCUCCGGACCAGCAGAGGCUCAUCUUUGCCGGAAAGCAAUUGGAAGAUGGCAGGACCUUGGCUGAUUACAACAUCCAGAAGGAGUCAACCCUUCACUUGGUGUUGCGUCUCCGUGGUGGCAUGCAGAUCUUCGUGAAGACUCUUACCGGGAAGACUAUCACACUUGAGGUGGAGAGCUCUGACACCAUUGACAACGUGAAGGCCAAGAUCCAGGACAAGGAAGGCAUCCCUCCGGACCAGCAGCGUCUCAUCUUCGCUGGAAAGCAGCUUGAGGAUGGUCGCACCUUGGCUGACUACAACAUCCAGAAGGAGUCAACACUUCACUUGGUGCUAAGGCUUCGUGGUGGUAUGCAGAUUUUUGUGAAGACCUUGACCGGUAAGACCAUCACACUUGAGGUGGAGAGCUCUGACACCAUUGACAACGUGAAGGCCAAGAUUCAGGACAAGGAAGGCAUCCCUCCGGAUCAGCAGCGUCUCAUCUUCGCUGGAAAGCAGCUCGAGGAUGGUCGCACCUUAGCAGACUACAACAUCCAGAAGGAGUCGACCCUUCACUUGGUCCUCCGUCUCCGUGGUGGUAUCUAAAACUCUCUUCCUGUGUCGGGUUAAAAGUCAGUGUCUUGUUUUCUUUUAAAAACUUCUUGUGGUUUGUGUUUUGGGGUCUUAUAAAGCCCCUGAUGAAUAAUUGAUGAACUCUUUGCGUU